AUGGAGUUUUGCCACUACAAAUGGGAAAAGAGGGAGAGUGGAGAAGAUGACGGCAACUGCUCAACAGAAAAGCUUCAACAUAACCCAAGGCUCUUCUCUCUCUCCCAGUGGCAACUCAUCCUUGCUCUCGCAAUCCGCAUUUUCGCCUUUGGGUUCUUUCCUUUUGGCGAUGGUUAUUCAAUAAGCAUAUGGUUUGAAGGAACUCCACAGAAAACUGUCGUCUGGACAGCCAACCGGAAUGACCCUCCACUCUCCCGCAAUGCCAACAUUGUUUUCACUAGCGAUGGAAGGCUCGUCUUGCAGGAGUUGGGAAACCAAGAAAAAUCCCUUGCCAACGCCACACAGCCUGCUGCGGUGGCUUCUCUGCUCGACUCUGGCAACUUUGUCCUCUAUGAUUCGAAUUCAACAAUUAUAUGGCAAAGUUUUGAUUACCCAACGGACACCCUUUUGCCUAACCAACUCCUACGAGUUAGGAGACAGCUGGUUUCUAGCAGCUCUGAAAACAAUCACUCGACGGGAAUCUUCCGGAUCAAGAUGCAGAAUGAUGGGAACAUUGUGCUGUAUCAGUAUGCAGUAGGUAUUCCUGAUACUCCAGAUUAUGCUUAUUGGUCGGCAGUUACAAAUUUUGUUGGGAAUAAUGCAACGCUGACGCUGGAUAAAAAUGGGCGCCUAUACAUGCUCAAUAGUACUGGUGUCGUUGUAAAGAACAUUACCAACGAAGUGAUUCCCUCUGAUGGGAAGAUGUACCGUGCCACAAUUGAUAACGAUGGGAUAUUCCGCUUAUAUUCCCACGACUUGGGUGAGAGUGGGAAUUGGUCGAUCGAAUGGUAUGUGCCAGGAGAUGUAUGUGGUCCUAGAGGCAUAUGUGGAAUUAAUGGGUUUUGUGACAUCCAAAAUCAACAAGCUUUUUGCACUUGUCCUCCAGGGUUUGUUUUCAUCAACCAGGAGCAAAUGAAUUUGGGUUGCAGUAGAAACUUCACUGUGGAAACUUGUUCAUCCAAGAAUGAACAUACCAAGUACGCUAUUCAAGAAUUCCAAAAUGCUAUAUUGGAAGAUACCGCAUACGCCCUUUUGUUCUCUGUCACUAAAGAAGAAUGCAAUCAGGCAUGUUUAGAAGACUGCAACUGCGAAGCUGCUUUCUAUCAAAACAGAGAAUGCAGAAAACAAAAGUUUCCGUUGACAUUUUGGAGAAGAACUGUACAAGGAGAUGGCUAUUCAAACGCAACAUUUGUCAAAUUUGGCAUCGGUAUCGACGGUAUGGUUCCUAAAGAUAUAGAAAGCAAGAAAGUAUUGCGAAUGGAUAUCUUAAUCAUUGGCGUUGCAUGUCUAGCUUUCGCAUCGAUCCUCCUUGCAGUUUUCGCUAUUCUUAUAUUCAGAUAUAGAAUUUGGACGUACAAAAGGCUCUCUCGUGAAGCAGCAACUGAUCAAGGAAUACUGAUGGAGGAUGUCUCUUUGCGAGCAUUUACUUAUAGUGAACUCGAAGUUGCAACAAAUGGCUUCGCUGAACAAUUGGGUAGAGGCUCUUUUGGGACUGUCUUUAAGGGAACCUUAUCAAACGGGCAGAGGACCAUUGCCGUCAAGAGACUGGAGAAAGUGGUGGUCGAAGGAGAAGGAGAAGAAGAAUUCAGAAAUGAGAUGAGGUCCAUUGGACGAACCCACCAUAAAAAUCUCGUCCGGUUGCUCGGUUAUUGCCACGACAGUUCCAAUCGGCUUUUGGUGUACGAGUACAUGAGCAACGGAACACUCGCCAACUACCUCUUCAAAUCCCAAGUAAAGCCGAAUUGGGAGGUAAGAAUCAAAAUCGCUUUGAAUAUAGCUAGAGGGAUCCUAUAUUUACACGAAGAAUGUGAGACCCAAAUCAUCCACUGUGACAUAAAUCCCAACAAUAUACUAAUGGAUGCAAAUGGGUGUGCCAAAAUUUCGGAUUUUGGAUUGGCAAAGCUAUUGAUGCCAGACCAUUCUAAGACGCUUACUGGGAUAAGAGGAACAAGAGGGUAUGUUGCCCCGGAAUGGCUCAAGAAUUUGCCCAUCACUGUGAAAGCAGAUGUUUAUAGCUUCGGCAUUGUAUUCUUCGUAAAUAUAUGUUGUCGGAGGAACAUUGAUAUUAAUGCCCCUCAGGAUGAAGUUAUUCUUGUAGAUUGGGUGUAUGACUGUUUCAAGUCCAAUCAAGUACAUAGGCUGGUUCCUGAAGAAGUUGAUGCAGAAAGCUUGGAAAGGAUGGUGAAGAUCGGGCUUUGGUGCAUUGAAGAUGACCCAGCAGCCCGUCCGUCAAUGAAGAAGGUGAUUCAGAUGUUGGAAGGCACUGUAGAAAUACCCAUUCCACCGUGCGCUCGUUCUGCAGUUGAGAAUUAGUUCUUCCA